AUGGUAAAGGAAGAACUGGACUCUGCCAAACUGGAUUCUCCAGUCAAGAAACCAAAAGCACCUUCGUCGUCGUCCUCACAGCACAUGCUGGUCAAAAUUGCGGUUGGUUCCUCCAAUCCCUGCAAGAUUGAAGCUGUCAAACAGGCUCUACAGCGUGUGCUAGACCGAAAAGCGGAAGAAGAACAAAAGGCAAACGAAGCGGGUGAGGAGCCAACCGACAAACCCUUCAAGGUAGUCUUGGAAGUAGAAGGAUUCGGGGUGGAAUCGGGAGUGGCGGAUCAACCCUUUGGCGACGAGGAAACUCGGACCGGUGCCAAGAAUCGGGCCAAGAAGGCAUACGAAGAAUACAAGAAAAAACAUGGAUCCAAUCCUGCCUUGGCUAUUGGUCUGGAAGGAGGCUUGGAAUGGUCCUCUCCCAUGGACGAUGACGAAGACGAAGACAGUGAUGAGAUUAUAGAUACCUUGUGGUGCAUGGCUUGGAUGGCCGUUUAUGGAAAGCGACGCAAACUUCUAGUGGAUUUAUUGGCUUCGGAAGAUUCCAAGUUUUACACGGAAAAACAAAAGCCAACGUUUGGAUUGGCCAAGACGGGCAUGUUCCCACUACCUUCGGCCAUUGCCAAAAUGGUGCAAGAUGACAUGGAACUUGGAGAUGCCGACGACAAACUCUUUGGACGAGUCAAUGGGAAGAAGAGCAACGGAACAGUAGGAAUUUUGACCAACAAUGUCAUUACUCGGGCCGAAUACUACGAACAAGCUUUGAUUUUGGCUUUGGUUCCAUGGAUUCGGCCGGAUGUCUAUGGCAAUCCAUUCGAGAAAGAACCAAGUCCUGGCUUCUUUGGACAUCUCAUUUGUUCAUCACGAAAUGGCAAGAAAUAG